AUGUGUGGCAAGAAAAAGCAAAGUAGUCUGAGGAAUAUUUUGAGGAACUUGCCAGAGCUACUCGGCUGCGUCCGCCUACAGCGCAAUGUUCUUUGGCUGCUCCAAGCCGCUGAGGCUGCUCUGAUCUGGAAGACCCCGGCGCCACCCUGGGUAAAGUUUUUCUUCUGGCUUGCCCUCCAUGGCAAGUGCUGGACGGCUGACAGGCGCUGGCGCCAUGGGCUGCAAGACGAUAACUCGUGCAUCACUUGUGACCAAUAUGCUGAGACGCUGGACCACAUCAUCCUGGGCUGUGUUUUCAGCAGAGAAGUUUGGGCGGCGUGCCUCAGGACGUUUCGCCUGCUUGAGCUGAUUCCAACGCAUGAGGAACGAAUCAUGGACUGGUGGACGACGUCUCGUAAGCGUCUACCGAAGGUGCUGAGGCGCGAUUUCGACUCCCUGUUCUUCUUGGUGGGCUGGAAUCUGUGGAAGGAGAGGAACGGCAGAACCUUUGAUAGGGCUGCCAGGCAGCCUCAGCAGCUCGCCCAGGCUAUUGUGGAGGAGGCAUCUCUUUGGAUCGCAGCGGGCUACCGUUCUCUGGGAGCUCUGGACGCCAGGCGCGCUGGUUGA